ACUCGCGGCCAGUAUCUGUCAAAGAACACGUGCGGCGUUGACGGACAACCUGUCGUUGACUAGCCGCCCCACGUGGCACUCACUCGCCGACGCGGCGGCUCCCUCACCGGCCAGCCUCUAAAAGUCCUUUAAAAAACCACUCCAAUUCCUCAUCAACUACUGCAAUCUCCUCUCUGCUUUCCUCCCCAAAACAAAAUGCAAACUCAAGGCCUCUAUCUCCAUCAACAGCCAGCCGGAGCUCCAGCGGCCGGCGACGAACCUUCCCAACGGGCUUUCGAGGCGCAGCUCCACGCCGUCAAGAGGCCGCCGUCAAAACCAUGGAAGAAGCAGGAAGCGCCACGGCCCCCAAGAAUCUACCAUAUUGAUCCUAAGGGUUUCCGCAGCCUCGUCCAAGAACUUACCGGAAAGCCAAAGGCACCGCCUUUGGAGCAGUUGAAGUGGUCGCCGGCGUCGGCAAUCUCGCCGCAGCUGCUCCAUCAUGAAUGGUCAGCGACCGCGGAUUUUAAGUAUUGGGAUGAUGCAACAGGGCAAUUCUAAAGACUUUUUUCUUUUCUGCUGCAUACUUCUGCUUGUUUUCAUUUUUAUUAUUUCUUUUAAUGGUUGAAGUAUCAGAAUGGGAUAUUUCUGAGAAAUUUGGGUAGAA